UAUCAAAGAAAAAAAAAAAGAUUUUGUUUUUGCUUUCAAUUUGAUUUGUUCCGAUUACGAUUUGCAUUAGCUACGGUUUUUGCCUGUCGUCCACGAGAACGGGAGCGAAGAAGGUGAUGGCCCAGAAACCACGAACCGUGAUCUGCGUCGGAGACGUACAUGGAUACAUCUCCAAGCUCAAGAACCUAUGGUCUAAUCUCGAAUCCGCCAUCGACCCAUCGGAGUUUCGCUCGGCGCUCGUCAUCUUCCUCGGCGAUUACUGCGACCGAGGACCAGAGACCCGACAAGUCAUCGACUUUCUGAUCUCGUUGCCGGAGAAACACCCCCACCAGACCCACGUCUUCCUGUCCGGGAACCACGAUCUCGCUUUCGCUGGGUUUCUGGGUUUGUUGCCACGUCCUUCAGAUGGGUCGGAUUUUAAGGACGCGUGGAAGGAGUACGAGGCCAACGAGGAGAGAGAAGGGUGGUAUCGAGGUGAUGGGCACGAGGAUAUGCAUCUCCAAGCGAGGAGGUGGGCUGGAAAAAUCAAGGUUCAGUUCAAUGCCUCGAAAGGGACAGAGUAUCAAGGUUCGAUAUAUGACGCUGGGCCGACAUUUGAAUCGUACGGUGUUCCUCAUGGAUCCUCUGAUUUGAUGAAGGCUGUCCCAGACAGUCACAAGAAGUUCUUGGGCAAUCUGGUAUGGAUCCAUGAAGAGGAAAAUGUUCACAUAGAAACAGAGGAAGGGAUGAAACAGUGCAAGCUAAUAGCAGUGCAUGGUGGUUUAGAGAAGGGGAAGAAGAACAUAGAGGAGCAACUCAAGAGUCUGAGGAUCAAAGACACGAGUAUCCCGAAAGUACAACCGCUGAGUGGCCGGAAAAACGUCUGGGAUAUCCCGCAGGAACUGGAUGAUGAACACACCAUUGUAGUGAGCGGCCACCACGGGAAGCUCCAUGUCGAUGGCCUGAGAUUGAUCAUCGAUGAAGGUGGCGGAUAUCCGGACAAACCCAUUGCGGCAAUCGUUCUUCCUUCCAAGAAGAUUAUCCGGGACACGGACACCUACAGUUUUCCCAGUUAGGUUCUUGGAAGUACUUUGAACAAAACCUUCAGGCAAGAUCUUCAUGGUUUCUUGUUUCUGUUGAAUCGCGUUAACGUCUUGCCUCGCAUUUGUGGAUGGAUACGAUGAAACAGAAAUCAUCUUAGUAAAAAGGGUAGUUCUUAUGCAAUACUUUUAGAUUCAAGGAUCUUCACGGUUUCUUGGUUCCAUUCUUUUAUCGGAUUCAGAUUCGGAUUCUUUCAUCGGAUAAAGUUCUGAUACUUUUGUCGGAAAUCAAGAACAGAGAAUCAGAUUCGGAUA